UGACAGAGAGAGCAGCUCAUGGAGUCGCAGAAAACCCCCUAAAGUGCAAAGAGGGGACAACUGCCUUUCUCCCUACUACUUUUUUUUCUGCAAACCUAUAUCUAUUCCACCCACUCCUCUUUCUCUCUAUCUCUAUCUUCCUCUUCUUAGUUAUUUUCUCUCUUUAAUCACUUUUCAGUCCCUCCCUUCUCUCCCCGUCUCUUUGUUUCCAUCUUUCACCCAACCCUCUCCUGCCAUCCAGUCUGUCGCCUCUCUACUGGCUCUAUAUGGUUGACUGAGUGACCGACCAGGGACUCUGGUGGAGUGAGUGUCCGUGUCCGGGACUGUGGAGGACUUUCCGGGAGAGUCAGGAUGGCGGUGAACUUUGCAGAGGUGCGGGGUCGGGUGAAGAAUGUGUGUGCGCAGAACGGGCUCCUCAUCCUGUCUGUGCUGGCUGUGGUCAUUGGCUGUAUGAUGGGGUUCCACCUGCGGGGCAAGCAGCUCUCCGACCAGGAGGUGAAGUACUUCCAGUUUCCUGGAGAGCUCCUGAUGAGGAUGUUGAAGAUGCUCAUUCUGCCUCUCGUCGUCUCCAGUUUGAUGUCAGGGCUAGCAGCCUUGGAUGCCAAGUGUUCCAGCCGCCUGGGCAUCAUGACAGUCUCCUACUACCUGUGGACCACCUUUGUGGCGGUGGUGGUGGGCAUCCUCAUGGUUACCAUUAUCCACCCAGGGGGCGCCGCCCAGAAGGAGGACAACGAGGACAGCGGCAAGCCAAUCAUGAGCUCCGCUGAUGCCCUGCUUGAUUUGAUUCGAAACAUGUUCCCAGCAAACUUGGUCCAAGCAACUUUCCAACAGUACCGUACCAGGAGUAUCCCCAUCAUGAAGGCCCCCCCACCCACGGUGGCAGCCUCCCUGAUGGAGAGCACCACCCGGAGGGUCUAUAUCUACGGUGUCCAGGACGACAACGGCAUCGACAUACAGAACUUCUCCCUAGACUUGACACCUCCGCCAGACAUCCAGAUGCGCACACUGCCCGGGACCAGCGAUGGCAUGAACGUCCUGGGGAUUGUCAUCUUUUCCGCCACCAUGGGUAUCAUGCUGGGAAGAAUGGGGCCUAAUGGCAGCGCCUUGGUCAACUUCUGUCAGAGUCUGAACGAGGCUGUCCUAAAGAUUGUCGCCAUAGUGAUCUGGUACUUUCCUUUCGGCAUUGUGUUCCUGGUCGCCGGUAAGAUCCUGGAGAUGGAUGACCCGUCGGCCAUGGGGAAGAAGUUGGGGUUCUACGCUAUCACCGUGGUGAUGGGGCUGGUGCUGCACGGUCUCUUCAUCCUACCAGCCAUGUACUUCUUCAUCACCAAGAAGAGUCCCAUCGUCUACAUCAGGGGCAUCCUGCAGGCCCUGCUUAUCUCCCUGGCAACCUCCUCCAGCUCUGCCACACUGCCUAUAACCUUCAAGUGCCUCCUGGAGAACAACCACAUCGACCGACGCAUCAUCCGCUUCGUACUCCCCGUGGGCGCCACCAUCAACAUGGACGGGACGGCACUCUAUGAGGCAGUGGCGGCCAUCUUCAUCGCCCAGGUUAACAACUACGAGUUGGACUUUGGCCAGAUCAUCACUAUCAGUAUCACAGCCACAGCUGCCAGUAUUGGUGCAGCUGGAAUUCCGCAGGCCGGACUGGUCACCAUGGUGAUCGUGCUAACCUCAGUGGGCCUACCCACUGAUGACAUCACACUCAUCAUUGCUGUGGAUUGGGCGUUAGACCGUUUCAGGACCAUGGUCAAUGUGAUGGGAGACGCUUUGGCCACGGGGAUCAUGGCUCACAUCUGUAGAAAAGAUUUUGUCAAGGAGGGAGAGCAGGUACCUUUGAUCUGCGAGACCAAGCCCAUGAUCAGCAUCCAGCAGAUGAUGACGUACCAGAAGAACGGUGUGUACCAGCCCCCUCCCUGCGGACCGGGGAGCCCGGACGUAGCUCGUCUAAUGCAGCUGGAGGAGGGGGUACGGCCGGAGCAAAGGAAGAGGAACCCCCAUGCUCCCCAACACAAGAGGGAGCACAAGGUCAAGGACCACUGCUCCAUCGACAUGAAUGGCCUGGAGACCAACGUAUAGACAUAAUUAUCAUUGAGCUGCAUCCUGAUUCGUCACACUUCUCCCGAAGAGUGCACUUGCACACUCCCCGUCAUGGAUCUAAUAAGGGUGGAUCUAACAACUCCCUCCAGCCAAUUCUUAGCCUACACCAAUCCUACGCUUUUAAAUCCAUGAUGAGAAGUGGGAAAAUGCAUACUUUGGAAAAAGUGUAGAGUAACUGAAUGUAGCCAGGAUCAUAGCUACAGGGGAGAGAGGGAGAGAGGAAGGACUCACUAACUGCUCCAGAGCUCGGGACGACCAACCCGACCCUUGCUGGCACAUUAUGGCCCACUGUGGAUGCAAUUCAGAGGAUGUGUAAAGAAAAUACGAUUUUCUACAUUACGUAUAUUACGACCCACUAUGAUUGUGUAUAUUUUUGUGUACAUAUUUACAAGACUUAUUAUACUAUGCACCAGCAGCAGAGUGAUAUGGUGGGAGACAUUCUAUACAUUGAGACAUUCUAUAUGAUGAGACAUUCUAUAUGAAGUGCAAACAUUCUAUUUAUUGAGGAGACAUUCUCUAUGAUGAGGAGACAUUUCAUACGAUGAGAAGACAUUUUACACAGUUUAUUAGGUACACCACCACGUUCAAUGGUUUGCUCCUAUAGCCAGUAAAUCAUGUGGCCGUGGCUUGCUAUAUGAAGCAGGCAGACAGGCAUCGAGGCAAUCAGUUACUGUGACCUAAGUAACUGAGCGUAGUAUGAUCGUCGCUAAGGUAAAAUCUAGAAUCAGUUUGUUUUAAUCUCCACAUCUGAAACAAAGGGAUACAUAGGCUAUCUAAACGUUUUAUAUCAUUGAGAAACUGACCGGUACAUUUAAACUGGCUGUUAAGUUUUCUGAAGACCUCUUUCAUCGAUAUCUAGAAUGGCUUUUCAAGACAUUCGUGUUCACAUUCAACAGAGAAGGGAUCUACAGAACUCAAAUACACUCUACUCUGCUCUUCUUCCUCAGCAAACUGACACAUAUUGCUUCUCUCUCUGAUUUAAACCUUUUGAUACCUUUCCUCCUUAAAAUGUCCUUCCCAUUAUCUUCUUUGCCUUUUUAUCCCCUUAAACAAGGUAGUACACAACUGCCUCAUAUAUGGUGACUGGCAUGAUGGAAACAAUUGCUGUGUACCAAAUGGCAUCCUAUUCUCUAUACAGCGCACUAUAUAUGGUAGGGAAUAGGAUGCCAUUUGGGGGACACACAAUGACAGAGACAGGUAUGUGUAAGAGCCAUACUGCUCCGGGAGGUGUUAACCGUUGUUGAAACAUUUCUGCAGUGUCAAGUUCUUUGCGCACACCCUAUUCCCUCUUUGCCUUAAAGUACAAAGGAAAAGCAUGUGGGGAGAUAAUACAGUAUGGGUACACCACAGAACAUAUGGGGUUACACCUAAUACAUUCAGUGCAAGAGCAGCAAGCUGCAACAAAACAACCACAGGCCAUACUCUGAACUUCGCUUCAUAUGUACAUAUAUUUAUUUUAAAAGUGAAAAAUCAUUUGCAGUUUGUAUAGACAUACAGUAUGACUCAACAGGCACCAUUUUAUCUUUGUUAUGAAAUGAACAAUUAUUAAUUGUUUAAUCUAGUCCAAUUGCACUAGAUGUUUUCUGUUUUUCUGUAUAAAAAAAGGGCAAAAAAUGGAAAUAUAUUGUAAG